CUUCUCUAGAGUCUCAACUUCACUAAUCUAAAAUAUGGCGUUUCAUCUCUUUCACAUCAUUACCUUUCUCAUGCUUGUGGUAGUGGGAACAAAUGGUGCAAUAUUACCACCUCAACUUUAUUGGAAGUCAGUCGUCCUUCCCAACACUCCAAUGCCAAAAGCCAUCACUAAUCUCCUACACCCUGUUGGAUAUUGGAGUGAAGGGAAAGCAACAGCAACUUGGGUGGAUGCAAGCAAGUAUGGUAUAAAUGUCCAUGCUGUGCCUGAAGAUAGUCCAUUUAGUUACAAGUAUGCUGCAACUGAUACUCAAUUGCAUUAUAACUCAAAUGUAGCACUCUUCUUCUUGGAAAAGGAUUUGUAUUAUGGUAAAAAAUUCAACAUGAAAUUCACAAAAACAAAUAAUAAUGGAGCAAAGUUCUUGCCUAAAGAGGUUGCUGAUUCAAUACCUUUUUCAUCAAACAAAAUGGAAAACAUCCUUCAUAAAUUCUCCAUCAAGAAAGGAUCAAAGGAAUCUGAAAUUGUGAAAAACACAAUCAAUGAAUGUGAAGAAAAGGGUAUUAAAGGAGAGGAAAAGCUUUGUGUAACAUCAUUGGAAUCAAUGGUUGAUUUUGCUACUUCGAAACUUGGGAGUAACAAUGUUGAAGCUAUUUCAACAGAAGUGGAAAAAGAAAGUAAUGAGUUGCAAGAAUAUGUAAUAGCAAAAGGAGUUAAGAAAUUGGGAGACAAUAACAAAAACAAACAACCUGUUGUGUGUCACAUAGAAAAUUAUCCUUAUGCAGUUUUUUACUGUCAUAAAACAGAUACAACUAAAGUUUAUUAUGUGCCUUUGGAAGGUGUUGUUGAUGGAAACAGAGUUAAAGCUAUUGUUGUUUGUCACACUGAUACUUCAGAAUGGAAUCCUAAACAUUUGGCUUUUCAAGUGCUUAAAGUUGAACCUGGAACUGUUCCAAUUUGUCACUUCCUCCCACAGGAUCAUGUUGUUUGGUUUUCUAAGUGAUUAAAAC